AUGGAGCCUGGCGAUUUCGUCCUGUGGGAUUCCCGAACAGUGCAUUAUGGAGCCGCACCGCUGGACGCCAACAAGCGAUUUGCCAUAUGCAAGUGGCGUCAUCAGAGACUUGUGCUGAAUCUUUGCGUAGAUAUCUGCUACAAGCCUGAUGCGAACAUAACACCUGAGCAAAAGGCGAGAAAGGUCGAGGCGUUCAAGAGGGGGUACUGCACGAGCCACGACCCCACUGAUUUCCUCGUCAAGGACGAUCAGGAAGCGGAAUGGAACAAGAACCUGCCCUAUGGACCUCCCCGUAUCUCUGAAGCGACGGAGAAGGCCAUUGGCAUCAGGUCAUAUUGA